AAACGUUAUCAGGCAAUUAUUUUUAUUUGUUACAUAUCCAGACUUUGGCCAGACAGCUUUAAGACUUGAUAAUAAUUUCAAGAUAGAUUUUAUGUAUUAUGUUACUAGGUACUUACUAUGCCGUUACCAACUAACGUUAAACUAUAGACUUAGUAUAUACUAAGUCUAUGCGUUAAAUGCGUCUUGUGUUGACUGUUGGUCUUAGAGUAUUAAGCCAGAAAGGAGUCGCCUUUACGCGCGUCCCCCUCUGUCAAAGUACGAACCCGCUGGACAUACCCGUUAUAUAAAACUGUUUCUCGACCCUUCCGCGCCAUUCCGGUACGACGCUUGUUAGUGUAAAGAGCUCCGACAAAAAUGACUGGAUGCAGUGUAUUCGGCUGUAAAAAAAGGUCUGACACAUCGAGUGUACAAAAAGACAACGUGACAUUUCAUCUAUUUCCAAAAGACCCUAUCCGUCGACAACAAUGGAUAAAAGCUUGUGAAAAUCACAGAACAUGGCUACCCAAACGUACAAGUAAAGUUUGCUCCGAUCAUUUUGAUACGUCAUGUUUCUUGUUGCUGGCUAACAACAAAAGAAAAUUAAAGGAAUCAGCAACACCUACUUUUAAAUUACCAAAUGCUGACUUCGAAAAACCAACCGAUUGCCAACCAGCGAAAAAAAUGAGAUUUGAGUCUGAAACCUCGGCUAGUUCACCACCCCACUCAUCAACUUUUCGCUCUGAGUUAUCAACAAAUCAUGUUUCACCUACUACAAGUACUAAUGUUUCUUGUUAUAAAUUGGACCAAGAAACACCACGAAAACGGAAAUUAAGAAGAAUAUUAGUUCAAAAAAACAAACAAAUUAAAAGACUUCAGUCGAAAACACGAUAUUUAAAAAAGAAAGUUGCUAGUUUAAAAGAAAUACUUGAUGAAAUAUCUUGCUUCUGA